UGUUGAGUUUGUUGAGGGGUUCUAAAGGAACCCAGUUGGAAUUGUUUUUUUCGAAUUUUUUUUUACCACGAGUCGCGUGAGCUGCGGUAGGAAUUAGAGCACAAGUCUCUUAGGAGGAGCUCGUGUACUUGGUGACAGCCUUGGUGCCCUCGGACACGGCGUGCUUGGCCAGCUCACCGGGCAGCGUCAGGCGGACAGCCGUCUGGAUCUCGCGGGAGGAGAGGGUGGACUUCUUGGUGUAACGAGCCAGCUUGCCAGCCUCCGUGGCGAGGCGGUCGAAAAUGUCACCGAUGAAGGAGUUCAGGAUGGAAACACCACGCUUGGAGAUACCAGUGUCGGGAUGCACCUGCUUGAGCACCUUGUAGAUGUAGGAGCCAUAGCUCUCCACGCGGGUCUUCUUCUUGGUGCCCUUGCCUGCCUUCUUAGGGGCCUUGGCGGACUUCUUAGAGGGGGUCUUGGCCAUUGUGUUAGGAUGGUAAGGUUUGAAAAGGUCUGGUAA